AUGAGCAAGUACAAAGUUGUACAACAAAUGGGAAUUACAACACGACGACACGACGAUGAUGACGACGACAACAACAGCAACAGCAAGCCAGGCAAUGCAUGUACAACGACAACGACAACGAACUACGACAUCGACAUCAACAUCAACAACGACACGAUGUACAACCACAAUAACAAUAAGAAAAACAGCAACAACAACAGCACCAACAUCAUAACGCAGAACAAGUAA